AUGGAACCAACGGACAAGAACCGGCGUGAGAGCCGCCUCGUGUCGGCAGCUGCUUUUGUGCGCAAGCGGCUGCCGUUCGGAAUGGGCAUGGCGCUCUCGCUGCUCUACAUGGGCUUUGCGGGUGUCGUCGCCGUCACGACGUAUACGCUCACGUCGAUCGCCAACCAACCGGUUUUCACGGGUCUCAUCGUCCAGGCCUUUGACUACAACCGGUUUGACGUGCCCGUGACAACGCUUCUGCAAGGGUCGAGCGUCGUAGUGUCGAACCCGACGACACUCUCGAGCACGCAAGCGACGUGGUCGGUGAGCGACCUCCACUACAAGGAGUGCGGCGUCAAUGACGUCGCGUGCGCCAAUGCAUUUUUAGCCCAAUCCAACAUGAUCUGGAGCACGAUUGGCCGCGCGUUUGACCAGAUUCCGGCGUUCGACGACCCGUUGUUUCAGGACAAGAACCAGAUCGUCAAGUUCAAGCACAUCAACAACCUCAGUGGGUUUAACAAACCGUCGGCGCAGUUUUACAUUGAUGGCCACGCGACGGCCGUCACGUGUCUUCCCGCGAUCGAUUGCCUCGCGUACUGCUCGGUGCGGGCGUACGACCCGAAAUGGAUGUGCGAGAACGAAGUGCCCAUGAACACCAACACGUUUGCGAUUCAGAUGCGCAACGGACGUGCCGUGUACCUCGGUGUCGCCAAGCGCAGUCAGUUUUACUUUAACGCGGGCAAAACCACGCUUCUUAGCGGCGGCUUGAACGGGACGCUGAGCCUCGUGACGGUCGCGACGACCGACGAGUAUCAAUCGGGUGUUCUCCAAGCCAAUGCGCCGUGGGACAUUGUGCCGGCGUCGCAGUGCGGCACGUACAACUUUGCGACCAACCUCGGGUGCGACUCGCUCAUGCUCACAAACGCAGUCGUUCUCUUCGUCGUCUCGCUCGCCAUGUGUCUCAUGCAAGCGGUCUUCUUGCGCCACUCGUGCGUCUGCUACGUGCCUGUGCAUCUCUCCAAGAACGUGCUGGGUCUCGUGAUUCUCUUUGUUGCGUACUAUGGCAACAACAACCUCCAGACGCUCACGACGUACAUUUUGUGCGGGCCCGCGCAAAUGGCGUCGAUCGUCGGUAUCAUGACGGGGACGCUGAUCCAGAUCUGGUUCAACCCACGCGUCGUCACCCAGACGUGGCUCGUGCUCUUCUUCAGCGUCGCCAAUUGGGUCAUCGUGUUUUACCUCGAGGGAUUUGUGUACCCGUACAAAAACAGCAUGGUUGCCAACCCCUGCGGCCUCGCCACGUCGACCAACUGCUUUCUCUUUGACGCGAUUCCGCACACUUAUUACCAGUCGGCCAUCAUCGCUGGGGGGGUCAUUGUCUUCGCCAUCCUCGUCAUCUAUGCGCACUCGCGCCUCGUGUCGGGCUCCCACGGGCUCCUGCCAACGAGCUCCGUGCUCCGGUACUUGAACAUCUCGAACGUGCACGACCUUGCGACCUCGACGCACGGCUGCGUGGGCCUCUCGGCCAAGGGCACGCCGGCCCUCGACGCUGGCGUCCUCAUCAUCAAAAACAUGCUGCGCGUCUCCAACACACAAAUGACGCGCACGACCAACGUCCAGUACGAACUCAUCUACCGCUUGAUUCCAACCGCCUUCCUCAAGCGAUUCUACAGCUCGACCGUCGGGUCCAUGCUGGUCUUUGAAAUGGACAACCAGACGAUCACGCGCCGGUCGAGCUACAAAUUUCUGCACGACAUGGACAUUGGGCACAUGGACAAUGUCACCGGGUUCCUCGACUAAGCCAACUUGUCAUGCCUAAUUGCAUUCCUCAUUUU